ACGAAAAAUAAUCUCGUCGCGGCCAGACAAUUCGCAGGCCGCGCCGCGAUCGUGCCGGGAAUUCCAGUUUGUCCGGAGUUGCUGGCCGACCGGCAAGAGAAAAAAGCGUGCUGCGAGCAUCGCGGUUGGCUCGGCGGCUCGCGAGGGGAUACGGAGGAAGGACGCCGACGGCAAGAGAGGAGCCACGCGCUCGCGACGAGCGCGCUCAGUUCUGCCUCGUGUACCACGGCCGUAGCGUCCGUCGCGAAAAUUAACCUGCGACCGGCAACGAUCGGAGACCGUUGUUCUUACGUGUCGGAUCUUUUCCGACGGUGUCGCGAGUCGUCGCCGUUCGAUCCGUUGGUUACCGUGGCGGCCGCGUCCCGGAAAGGGUAGAGUGCGUUUGGACGGAAGGGCUCUCCUCUCCCGAGGAACCCGCCCAGAUAGUUGACAAAGGCUUCGGCGAGCUCUGGGUAGAAUCGAUCGGGCACGAAGAGAAAAUCGUUCGCUGCGUCGCACCCAUCGUCGCAGAAAUGCGCGCCCACUCGUCGAUCGCCGUACUCGUUUCCGCGGCCUUUUGCGCCCUGGCCACCCUGGCUCGAGGACAAACGGUCAGCGACGAGACGCUCGAAUCGGUGUUCAGGUAUCCUAGGCUCAACCGGACCAGCCCCGAUCAAGGUUCGUCCCAGGCGAUCAAUAUGAACGGUAAUUACAAUUACCAAGCCGCGCAACAGGUGUUUUUUAUAACCGGCGCAUCGCUGGGAAGUAAUUCGUUGUCGAACAAAGGGCCGAAUGGCUGCGUGACCUUCCUCGAGAGGGACGAUUACGUUCUGAAACCGGGCAUAGGAGCGUACAAGCUGCACAAGCGCAAGAUCCGGUGGAACCACGCUCGGAAGUCUUGCGUCGACGAAGGAGGUAAUUUGGCGAUUCUGAACAACGCGGAGGAGGAGAGAUAUCUCGCGGAUUGGCUGCGAAAAGAGCGCGUGGACCGUGCCUUCUUAGGUGUCCACGAUCAGUUCGAGGAGGGCGAUUGGGUGACGUACACCGGGGAGUCGCUCGACAGCGUCGGCUUCGAGAAAUGGGCCACCGAGCCGUGGCCGAACCAGCCCGACAAUGCCGACGGUGUGCAGAAUUGCGGGGUCCUCAACAAGGAAGGCGGAAUGGACGACGUCCAGUGCUUCCAUCUGCAUCCCUAUUUAUGCGAGAUUACUCUCUGCUAAUCGUACCCGUAUCCUUCCGUCGUUGCCGCUGAACGAUCGUCGAGUCGCGAAUUCCGUCGAAAAAGGUGGCUCGGUUGUCGCCGCAACCGCGCUAUUGUUUCUCAAUAAAGAUCUCUGCACGCUCA